AUUUACUCCCAAACAGUGUGCUCUCGGAGCCUCCCGAUCCCCCUCGCUGACCAUUGUCCACUCCACUCGACCGUGCACAGUUGACUCCUUUUUUUGUACUAGUCGGUUGUUGGAAAUGAAACGUAUUCUUUUGAUUUCUCUAUUUUCGGCGGUUGUCAACGGCUUUUACUACAAGAGAACUUUAUACGGAGAUGCUAAUGAGGGAGCUGCCAUGCCAGACUAUGUUAAUGCUUAUUAUGGUUUUCCAACAAUCCCAACACAAGAGCCACGUCGGCGACCAUCUUUCAACAUGAAUCCACCACAAGGAUAUUUUCAUCGGGAGCAUCCAUUUGACUUUGGGCCAUUUGGUUAUAUGAGAGCAAGAAUUGGAGAAGCCAACUUCGGUGAGCCCAUGGAGAAAACUGACCGCGAGCGAGCUAUGGAACGGGCCAAACCGGGAUUUUGGCGUCAAAACCAACGCGAAACCAUGGAUCGGAUCAAGAAAAUUAUUGGAGAGCAGAGAAUGAAUAUGGAGCAGAAGCAAAUGCAUAUUCGAAGAGUUCUAGCAAAUGAGAGUGAUGAGAUAAGGUCCAAAUUCGCUGAUAUUCACAAAAGACUGAUCAUGAAAAACAACAAGAUGACCGUCUCCUCUCCAGUUCCAGAGCUUAGCAAACAGGCGAAGAAGCUUGAGAAAGAGGCCAAGAAAAUUAUGGAAAACAAGAAAAUGAGUGUAGAGAAGAAGCAGGAGAAACUUGACAAACUUAUGCUUAAGGCUCCAGAGAACGUUAAGAAUGAGCUCAAUGCUAUGAACGAUUCGGGAUCAACACCUGCCCCAAUUCAAGCUCCAUUCCCAGCUCCAGGACAAACCGAGGCUCUUAAUCGGGCAAACCCAUCAAUGGCUUCUCAAGUUGAAGUAAUGACUCGUAAUGCACCAACUCAAGCAGUGGUUGAAGCUCGUCAAAUCCGAGUUUCCGAAGAUGGAAAAACUGUGGAAAUUUAAAUAAUCUGUGCUCUAUGAGCAAUUCUUCUUUUUGUGUAUUUUACGUCUAAUUUUCUCAACUGCCCAACGUCUUUCCCUUGUGCUCCAUCCCCAGAAACGACGAGCUAUCUGACUGUAUAUACAAGUGAUUUCAGCUCGGCGUUUGCUCACCUGCUCAGUUCGCCUUCUGUAAAUAUAACCUUAAUCCAUUCAAAAUCGUUGUUAUCAAUCUCAGCAUAUCAAUUGUUUAUCAGUGUUAUUUAAAUAAUAAAUAUAUGGGAUUUUCUGCGCUAAUAUAUUAGAAAACUCGUAUCUUUCCAAUAAAAAGUGGAAUUUGAACAUCCAC